AUGGAGGAUCUCGCCUUCAUGCGCGCCGCCGCUCGGCCUACACCGACAUUGCUUGGUCUACUCCUUGGUAGACCCGGACGCUUCCUGCGAGACCCCCACGGACGCAUCGUCAUCGACAGUCGAGGCAACCUGAAGUUCUCCCUGAAUGACAACGACACAUGGUUCAUGUUCAACGUCAACUUCCGAGCUGCCGAAUACUGGCCGACAGCCAUCUCGAUCCCUGCUUCGCCUUCUGCCCCUAGGAUCUCCGUCGUUUUCUUCAUUACUGCCGUAGCCACGGCAUGCUACGAUCGAAGCGUGAUCACGGAAAUUGGCUGGACUAUCUUGGACACGCGCGAACGACUUCACGGCGCCCAGUUGACCUCGGCCGAUUUAUCAGAGGAGGAAAGCCUGCUGGAGACAGAGAAAUGUUUCUUCAGCAAUUUGUCGUUACGCAGCACAGAAUCGUCAUCGAACCCGUACGACUUCGUUUUCGGCAAGUCCGAACUUAUUCGACGAGCAGACAUUGCUACCACGCUCGAGAACACGUUCGAUAUGGCGGCCAAAUGGGGCCUCAGCAGAUCGCAGAUACAGUCCGGCGUCACCAGAGAGGUCGUCAUGGUGGGUGGUGGUGAUCAUGGAAACCACGAAGCCGUCAAGUUUUCCAACUGGUACAGCCAGGGAAAGCUACUGGAACAAUGGGAUCUGAAGAAACAUUACCUGCUGCAGGAGAGAUUCGGAAACCACGCACGUACUUGGGCCGAUUGUUUUCGCGCUUUUGGCAUACCCACGAUGGUUAACAAUCUCAGCAUCGCAAGCAAUACUGGGAACGCUACGGCGUUCAUUCUGCAUCUGCUGCUGGCCCUGGGGCUGAUGACCCCAGGGUUGCGAACUCAAGUCCAAGGCAGGCAGGACUUGGCAAUGAUGCCAUCCAAAUUGGGCAGCGGGGAGGUAUUAACCCGUGUGAACAUCCCCGUCGGCGGGACGCCGGUCCUGUCGAAGACGCCGUAUACACAGCCGACGACUCCGACCCAGAGUAGUUACCAGCGGGUCACAAACGAUAAGUCGUCGAUGGUGCCACGGUUCACGAUGAAUGACGUCGCGUCCAGAGUGGGCGCCAAUGGGGCGUACGAUGCCAGCACCAAUUGGCGUGAUCAAGUUCGUCAAGUUCGUCAAGCAAGGAAAGGAAAGUGGGCUUAG